AUGGUGUUGGGGUUGGAGGUGACGGUGGUGGUGGCGGCGUGCGCGGUUGCGUCGGUGGUGGUGGGGAGAAGAGUAAGGAGCAGGAGGAGAGUGUUGGGGGUGCUGGCGGAGCUCGAGGAAAGGUGCCCGACCCCGUUUGGGAAGCUUAAGCAGGUGGUGGAUGCCAUGGCCGUGGAGAUGCAUGCUGGCCUAGCCUCCGAGGGUGGCUCCAAGCUCAAAAUGUUGCUCACCUUCGUCGAUCGUCUCCCCAAUGGGAGUGAGAAAGGAACUUAUUAUGCACUAGAUGUUGGGGAUACUAAUUUUAGGGUCUUGCGGGUUCAGCUAGGAGGUCAAAGGUCCUCAAUCCUGGAACCGCAUGUGGAACAAGCCGUUCCCCCACAUCUGAUGACCAGCACUAGUGAGGUCAUUGACUUUGUAACUCAAAAUAUAAAGGAGUUUGUUGAUAGAGGAGAAGAUGGUUCCAAAACUCUAGUUAGCGGAAGAGGGGAACUCGGAUUUACAUUCUCUUUUCCAGUGAAGCAAAGAUCUGUUUCAUCGGGCAUUCUGAUUAAAUGGACAAAAGGGUUUCACAUUGAAGAAAUGGUUCGAAGGGAGGUGACAGAAUGCUUAGAACAAGCAAUGAGCCGAAAAAGACUGAAUAUGCGGGUAGCAGUACUGGUCAAUGAUACUGUGGGAACAUUAGCACUUGGACAUUAUCACGAUGAAGACACUGUUGCUGCAGUGAUAUUUGGUACAGGUACAAAUGCCUGCUACUGGGAGCGGACUGAUGCUAUCAUCAAGUGUCAAGGGCUUCUCACAACUUCGGGAGGCAUGGUCAUCAAUAUGGAAUGGGGAAAUUUCUGGUCAUCUCCUUUGCCGAGAACUUCUUAUGACACCGACUUAGAUUCCCAUAGCUCUAGUCCAAAUGACCAGGGUUUUGAGAAAAUGAUAUCAGGAAUGUAUCUUGGUGAGGUUGUGAGGAGAGUGCUUCUAAGAAUGUCAUCAUUCUGUAUUUAGCCAGGCAUUGGAGUAGCUCUCUUGCCGCCACAUAUUCAUAGGACAGUGUGUGUGGAUAGCGUACAGUUGCUAUGAAUAUAUGUUCAAUUACAUACAAAUAGCCCCUGU